AUGGACUCGAACAAGCUGGAUGCCCUAACAAAGUGCUACCCCGCGCUUGUUCAAAGUCUGAGUACCGUUGAUAUUCUAGAUCACCUAAUUGCUGGGGGCCAUGUUUCUCGUGAUGAAUGUGAAAGGAUAUUGCAUGAAGUUACGUCAACCGGUAAAGUACGACUAUUUCUGGACACCCUUCUCACAAAGUCCAAUGAAGCCUUCGAGUGUUUCCACCGGGCGCUUUCAGAGAAACAGCCCUUUUUGGCUAGAAUUCUUGAAGACCAACUAGCAAAGGCACCAUGCUCUAAAGGUCCCCAAUCUAGCCUAACAGAUAUCCUCCAGACUCUGUUGCAUGGUGCCGUACCCGAUCGACCCACUGCUUACAUUAACAGACCACAAACAAUUGCUAAGCUUACAGACGGAUUCAGGUGGCUGGGCACCCAGUUUUCUCCGCCUCCGACCAAUCGCCAAUUUGGUUCAUUGGAUGUCGACAGCACAACUCUACCAGAUAUCCCUACAAAUGCCUGGUUUCUUGUCUAUGGCCCACCUGGUCAGGGCAAGUCAGUCAUGACUGCUGCCGUCCUACGUCAAAAUAGCCAAUUGCUUACUGAUAUGUUUUCUGGGGGAGUUAUCUGGCUGCGUGUCGGGGAGAAGAAGGAUGUAGAGCUGAGUCAACAAGUGAUGGAGGUGCUCUCUGCCUUGACGGAACACGUGACUGCGCUCCCAUCGCAAAGCCGGCCUUUUAAGAAUAGCAGCGAUGAGAGGAAAGAGAUCUACCGACCAAACGACUCUGAUGUGAACAGGAUGACGUCUUAUCUUCAUAAUUUAUUGAUUACACGACAAUAUCGACGGGCACAGGUUUCCAAUCAUCAGUCUUUGGCUCCCGCUUCGCUGCUUUUAAUCGUCCUCGACGACGUCUGGGACGACUUCAUUGUCAGCGCACUCAGCACUCUACCGGCGGCAUUUGUCGUUACGUCGCGUGACAUGAAUAUUCUACAACGGGUCUCAACACGCGUAAGAAGGCUGUGGCUUUGUGAUUGCCUGCACGUUCCGGUCUGUGUUUGGGGUAGGCGCUCUGCAACAGCGCUUUCCUCUGAAGGCAGCCCGGUACCAGGUGUUGUUUUCUUCAAUGGAAUUCAAGAAUUCCGGCGUUAUGUUAAAGCAAUGGUCUUGGUGUUGCAGGAGUGCAUAGAAGCGGACCUGAAAGACGACGACGUGGCGCUCCUGAUGUCCAUCCGAGCGGCCAUUUCGCGCGAGUGCUUCCUCGGGCCUGGCGCGCUCCACGCCGACAUCCCCUCGCUGUGUCGCGGCUCCCCGCUGGCGGCCUCCCUCCUCGGCGGCCUCCUGUCUUCGCCCACCUUCAACCUCUCCCGCUACCUCGACCCCCGCGGCUCCCGCAAUUCCAAGGGCGAGAUUAUCAUCGACUGGUCCAAGGUCAAAUACCCCUCCUGGUACACGUAUGAAUCCGUCGAAGAGUCUAUCACCGCCAGCCUCACUCGCCUCUCCGAAAUCGAAUUGGAGCGAUAUCGCCAAUUCGUUAUUUUUCAAGAUGACUGUCCCCUUACAGAAGAUGUAAGUAUCUGUGACUUCCAGCGUGCUUUGAAUGCCGCCCUCAGCCGCCUCUGUGCUCCACCACCUGGUGCCCCAGCCCCCCUCCUCUCUGCCCACUUGAUUUUCUUUUUGAGCAUCGAAUGUCAGGAUAGCGAUACUGAAACAGUAAACCAAGAGGUGUUCGCAAUUUAUUGGUCCUGCACAAACCAGGAAGCCUUGGAUUUGCUUCAACGCCUGCACCGCUUCUCCCUGAUUCAAUGCAAGUGGGAGAUAGGAAUGGGCCGAAGUGUCUUCUCGCUACCGAACCUCCAAUUGGACCUCCUUCGAAGCACCAUACCCACCAGCCAACAACAGGCACGUUUGUCUUUGUUCAACACCACCAGCCAACAAUACGCCUGCCAUUGCCAGUUCAUCGACAACUACAAGGCCUGCUUCGGCGAACACUGGGCCCAGCUGGCGGACUUCAAGCUCAUCCACACCUACUUUUGCCGUUCCGUCGGGGAGCACAUGCUCAAGGCCGGACGACUGGCCGGCCUCAUCGAUCUGCUAACUGACCUAAAAUUCAUCUGUGCCCGGCUGCUUGUUCUCGGCUCGUCCGCCGUGGUCGCUGAUUUCCGUCGGUUCCAGCCCGUCUUCCAGGAGUUUGGCCGACUAAAUGACUGGUAUAUGUACCUUCACUUUCUGCAAACGACCGCCUACCAGCUCAUCAAUCCGGACCGAGUGGUGCGUGAGCUCCACCGGCACGCGCGCUCGCCCACCCGGCCGGGGUCGCUGUGCGACAUGAGCAGCGCCCCACGCAGAGGCGCGGUGGGCGCGGAGCACUGCCGACAGAGCAUGACUCCCGACGCCUUCGCGGCGAGCCACCACAGCUCGCCGUCGCCGCCGACGUUUCGAGCCGCGGCCGCGUCCGCGGUCAGGGCACGGGCCGACGUGGUGGACCGCCACCGCUACAGCGUGCGUCUGCCCCGGAAAGACCUCAUGGUGAAGGGUCUGGACCUCCUUCAAUUGGGCCUCAUGUUCCCGCCCGACAAUGCCGUCUUUCAACAGUCACUGAGCCUCCUCGGAGCUGGUGACGCCGCGGUCGGGUUGAAGCAGAACGUUGCAGUGGCGCCCAAGUACUACUGGUUCUGGAGUAACAGCAGCAGUACAGGCUCCGAGCUUGUUUGGGCCACACGAACUGGAAAAGAUAAAAUAACAGCUAUCGCGGCUGAAGCCGACUAUUCUUUACUUCCGCCGUCUCUCCGACGUCGAACGAAACCCAGUGAAGAUCGCUCGAUCAAUCGACGUUUCGUGGGCACUUCGGACGGGCGAAUAAUCAUCCUGGAUGUCACCUCGGGCUAUGAAGUCGCUGUUCAUCAGGUUCACAAACCGUCUGUGGCUGUGGUGGCCAUCUCACUUCUUCCAGGAAAUCAGUCUUGCCUUUCCUGUGGAGCCGAUGGUAGAAUGAUCGUCUCGACACUUCCCCCACUAGACGCCUCUGUAAUGUCCCCGAACGGGGGCAGCAUUUUCUGCCGGUCGAAUCACAUGGGCGACUUGUCCGGCCCCGGUCCCGACGACUCCUACUUCACCACAAUUGACGUCGACGACGAUUACCCCGAGAUGUCGCCGGCGAGUAACUUGAAUGACGACGACACGUUCUACGACGUGUCGGGUGGCUCGUCGCCCACCCACCCAUCGUCGCCCCUGGCCGACUGCGCGGGCGGACUCCCCGCGGCGCCGCGAAGCGCCUCCCCCGUGCUCCAGGAGGACCCCUUCCCCACCUACACCGUCGCGCCCACCGUACUGGCCGACCUGCCGAGCUCCUUUGAGAUCAGGCGCAACACCCAGGAGUCCACCUCAUUGGCUCCACAUCAGGCCGUUGAUUCAGGCGUCCAUGAUGACGACACAGCUACCCAGCAGUGCAUUGCUCUUUCGCCUCUUGGGACUUGCCUCCUCUUCUCGGAUCAACCGAAUCCGAAUUCGCCAACCGCCGAUAUGACCUUGAGACGUCGCCGUAUUCUGGAUGAUUCAUUGGUCCCCUCGCCUCCAGAGCAGAACCCAAUUUCCCUGACAAUUUACUCCGUCCUCGCGCAGUCCCAGUGCAAGUUCACCCUCGUCAAGAGUCGUGAACUGACUCUUCCCCCGCAACUCGGUGAACGCUCGACUCAGGUCACUGUCGCGACGGCCUCCAUCUCACUCGACGACUCCCUCAUCAUCACGGGUCUUUCGAACGGUCGGCUGUGGAUCUUCUCGUUGGAUGAAAUCGGUUGGGUCACGUGCAUUGCCUCUGCUGUUGCGCUAAUGGCGGAUCCAUUCUUCGCUGCGCCGAUGAGCACCCGCACACCUAGACCAAGACCGGAGUCCUCACCUCUUGACCUAAUUUCGUCCUACUGCGAUCCGGAGUUGAUGAAGUUGGCGCUCGUCGAUGGAAAAGUGGCCAAAACGUGCAUUUUUAUUCACUGGCCCAACCAAGCACAAGCCCCCGUCAACCCCGGAGGCUGGAACCCACCAGUGAAUCCGUUGGUUGCUGCCGCAAUCGACAAUCUGGUCUUGGUGAGUUCGGUUUUUGGUCACCGUAUCGUUGGCCCCGUGUGUUUCUCGAAUUACACAGUUGAUUUUCUGUUUUUGCUGACAUCCAACGUUUCAGCUUACUAUCAUUUCGUUUGCCAGGUUUGGUCAUUCGAAAAUAAGCUCCCUGAUGGCAUUGAUGAUCUGCAGAAUCCCGAAACGAUUGUGCCAGCCAGCCGCGCCCAGUUUUGUUUGCCUUGCCCUCCCGCCGUUGCGAUUACCGCACUGGACAGCCAGUCUUUUGGCAGCCGCUGCUUCCUAGCUGCUGGGCUAACCAACGGACACGCAAUUGUAAGUUACUUCCUUAUAUGGAGUCUUCCCGAACUUUGCAAAGUCUUCGAUGUUUGCGCACACUGUACUCCCGUGACCAGUGUCCGUCUCUCGCCGUACGGCUACUGUCGGUCGCCCGCGGCAACUCCCACUUCGCCGUCCCACCGCCCCCUGUCCAUCAACACCCUCUCGCCUGCGGCCACAUCCGAUCUUGUCUCGGUGACGACCGCUGCAGAAGAUGGCGUCGUUAAGGCGUGGGAGUUCCCCUGGUCGAACAGCAAGGAGCCGCAGUCGAUGAACAUGUCAUUGAUCCUCUCGGCGGAGAGCUCUCCAUCGCGCAACAGGAGGCAAACCCUCGAGCAGUCGGUUCGCGUUGAAGCCUGUGCAAGGGAACAGCCCUUCCCACUGUGGGCCGAUGUCUUCAGCGUCGUCUUUGGGCUGCGUGGGGAGUUCUACGCCGUCGGACGCAUCAAGGCCAGCUGCAGUCUGCAGGUGAGUGCGCGCGAUUGCUUAGCCUCGACUGUUUGCCCAGUAAUUUUCCCUAUGCAUUUAAACCAAACUCCUUCGGCUCUUCAGAUCCUCUUUCGGAAGCCGGUUUCGGUGGUCGGCGUGGACGGGGAAAGAGGCGACGCUGCCGGAUACCAGUCAUUCCAAUGCGUGGAGUUGUCCCUCUCCCUCUGUCACGGGAGGUCCUUAGCCCAAGCCCACUUGCCAGUCGUUUCGGGCAGCCCAGUGGAACAGUCCUCGGUCAGUGCAUUCCAGUUGGUCAAUCGAGUCGUGACAAAUAACCCGGUGCCCUCUUGUGCCGCCUUCUCUGCUGACUUGAAGCUGCUCGCAAUAGGAUUCGAGAAUGGGACUGUCCAAGUGCGUUUCUUACCUACUCACUUCCCCGCUAUCAAAUUCGCCAGCUCGACUUCAACUACUCCCUACUCUACUGACCAAAAGGAAUCAUCUAACACCCUUUUUCAGUCACUGUAUUGGCAUUUCCAGGUUCUUCGUAUGAACGUUCCCCGAGACCCUCUCAGUGGUUUCAAGCCCUACCGAAAAUUGACGGUCUUUUCACGAAACUCCAUUUCCGAUUCUGAUUGCUCAGGCAAUAACGGACGUCCGGGUACCCUGAAUAGAGACCUCCCCUUCGAAAUCGUCUCCACCUCCAUGAAAAUUACCCACCUCUCCUUGUGGACACCCCCUUCUAAUUUCGAGGACCCUGACCUGGAGCUUGUGGUUGCCGUUAUUACCGCGGGUGGAAAUGUGCAUGUAAGUCGCACUCAGUACUGCUCUUUGAUGUCCCAGUCACGUCUGCUGCUGCACAGUUCAUGGCCAGCAAGUGCACGUCUCGCGCGCCUCACCGACGCAGUAAGCACCACGCGCUUGAGUGUUGCCAAUUGGAAGCCCACAGCCGCUUCUUCACGCUACUUUAUCGCAUGGGCCGUAUGGGAGGUGAAUAGCAGUCAGGCGCAAGACGAUUUGAGUUGCAACGGGGGCAAGUUGGCUCCAUUCAAGCGCUGGCCCCGGAUGCACCUCCCGACUCCUCCGUCCGCCCCCGCCGCCACUGCCAAUCGGCCCAUCGCCCCCCCGAGUCUGGGCCGCCCCUUCUCCCCCGACCCCUGGAGCCCCACCAGGCACCCAGUGGUGUGGUUCAACUGCUACCCCAACCUGCAGCCACUCCAGAAACACCAGGCCUGGCGGGCCCGGCUUGCGUGGCUCUCCGCCGGCCUCGACGGAAUGCUUUGCGGACGCAGCCUCUCCGACGAGUGGUCUCUGAGCCUGGUCGCGCACAAACCCGCCGAAAUCACUGACGUCGAUGUCGAUCCACACGGACGGUGGAUUGCAACUGCCUCCACCGACUGUACUGUUCGGGUGAGCGCCUCUCGUAUGAAACUGCACAAACUGUUCUGCCCACUGCUCUCUGGUGUGUCUCACGGACUAAUAGACAUGGACUUUCCAUUUGUGAAAUUCGUGUGGUGCCUCUUGACGGAGCGCAAGGUUUUUGAGGGCUCCCACAAACCGUCUGUGGUUCGUUGUGUCAGAUUCCGACCUAUCACCAAGGCAAUCGAUGUGGGCAUUGAGAUGCUCCUCGCUUCUGGCGACGCAGACGGCAACCUCAGGGUCUGGCGCCUCACCGCCCCAAAGAGUGAUGACCUCUCAAUGAUCGCGUCUCGCUCCACGAUCUCCUCCGACGCAGCCGGUUGCGGUGGCUCAGGUUUCGUUUGUCUGGCCUGGUCUGCAGACGGUGGGACGUUGGCGGGCCUGUCCGAUCGGCUUUGUAGUUGGCGUAUCCUCGUACGACCUGGUGGCGGCGGUAACCAGCAACAACAACAGCAGCAGCAGUUGGACCGCUCAAGGGUCAUUCGUGUCUUCGACACCACGGCUCUCCGGAACCGCCUCUUCGUUUCCCGCGCCUCCCCCGGCAACCCCAACCUGCCUCCCACCAUGAUCACUCUGGAAGCCCAGUCAGGCGUCUGCUUCGUCUUUGAUCCCAUUGAGAUGCUGGGACUCUGGGGUGGAGUUGGCGGUUGUGUUGGACCCUCUACUGUUGUCCUCUCCGACGUAACAUCAAUACUGAACAAGCAACACAAACCCGUGAAUUAA